AUGGGUGUGUCCAAUAAAGAGUCCCGGUUGAUUAACGAGGAUUCGAUGGAAGAGGAUGAUUUCGAAGAGGUUGGGUCCGGGUCAGAAUCGGAGGAAGACUCUGAAGAGGAGGGAGAUGUGAAGCUGGAUGAGCCGUCGAAGAAGGCUGUAUACAACAGAGACGGUAUCAUGGAUAAACUUGGAGAUAUAAGCUGGCCGGAGAAUGCAGGAUGGGUGCACAAACUCGCUGUUGACAUUGAUCAAGAGCAAAAGGUGGACGUGAAUGAUGACCUGACUCGUGAGCUUGCCUUCUACACACAGGCUUUAGAGGGAACGAGGAAGGCAUUUGAGAAGCUUCAGUCAAUGGGGCUUCCGUUUCUGAGGCCUGAGGACUACUAUGCAGAGAUGGUGAAGUCAGAUUCCCAUAUGGAGAGAGUGAAGAGCCGGCUUUUGGUAGAGAAGAAGAAGAUCGAGGAGGCGGAUGAGAGAAGGAAAGCUAGGGAGUCCAAGAAACUAUCUAAGGAGAUUCAGGCUCAGAAGUUGAAAGAGAGAGCUAAGCAGAAAAAGGAGGACAUAGAAUCUGUGAAGAAGUGGAGGAAGCAGAGGCAGCAAAGUGGGUUUGCCGGGGGUGACAAAGGCAGCGAGUUGGAUUUGGCCUUCGAGGAUGGGAAACCAUUCGAGAGGUCAAGUAAGAAGAGGCCAUUUGUGGCUCCAGGAGAUCGGUCCGGAGGGAAAGCAAGACAAGGUGGGAAGCCGGCUGGGAAGAAACCGAAGAAGAGAGAAAUCAAGGAUUCCAAGUUUGGAUAUGGAGGAAGGAAAGGUUCCAAGAAGCAAAAUGUGGCUGAAACGACUAAUGAUUUGAGGGGAUUCAACAAAGAUAGUCUCACAUCAGGAAAUAGGAAAAGGAAGAGGUGAUAGCAUCUUAUGAUUUUGGCUUUCGUUCUACUCUUUUGUUCGGUAAGGGCUUGCCUGUGUAGCCUAUUUGUUGUGCUUUGCCUUGGUAUCUUACGAAGUAAUAUUUGGCCCUCAUGAAACCAAAACUCUUACGAAUUUGUAGGCGUUUUUCAUAUGAAAAAUUAUGGUUUGCUAACAAGUUUUAUAGUUA